AUGCAGCAAUUGUGGACCUGUGGUCUCACUUGGGAUGAUCCAGUCCCUCCUAAUAUUGCUUCACUGUGGGCCCGAUAUCAGUCCGAGCUGCAACUAGUUGAAAACAUCCUAAUUCCUCGUCGUGUUACCCAUGAUCAUGCUAGUUCACUACAACUUCAUGCCUUUUCCGACAGCUCUGAGAAGGGUUAUGCCGCGGCAGUAUAUCUUCGUGUGGAGACAGCCACAACCGUACAUUGUCAUCUCAUCACCGGCAAAUCAAAAGUAGCCCCUCUCAAGCGGUCCACCAUUCCCCGUCUGGAACUUUGUGGUGCCGUACUAGCUUCGAAGCUCCUUCGUUUUGUUGCUGAUGCUUAUAAAGAUCGUAUAACCAUUGAUGAACUACAUGCCUGGACUGACUCUACCACUGCUCUAGUUUGGAUAAGAUCGUCACCUCAUCGAUGGGCAACGUUUAUCGCGAACCGAACCAGUCUGAUACACGAUCUCAAUCCCCCUUCAAUCUGGCGUCACGUUCCCACGAAAGAGAAUCCAGUAGACUGCGCCUCACGGGGGCUUUUCCCUUCCGAACUUCUCAACCAUUCUCUAUGGUGGACGGGACCCUCUUUCUUACUCAAUCCUCCAGAGAAAUGGCCAAAAUUGUUGUUGACUGAACUGGAAGACUAUGAUGGGCCACCCUCUAACGAAACGCGA